AUGGGUGCUACGUCCUUUGCCCCAGCCGCAAUGUUGCCAUCCAAGAAUUCCAGAACACCUUCCAUGAGCCCUCUCGCCUGUGAGAAAAAGGCCCCGACCCCUCCAACUGGAUUUCUCAACCUCAUCCUCAAUCAAGCACAAGAUCAUGCUGCAGUGACCUCUGAUCCGCCUCGAGAGGAAUUACGCUGGGCCGGCAAGCAAGUGGGACAAUGGAUCUCGCAGCCUCAGCCAGCAAUCUUUGGGCCUUCCUACCAGCUACGCCCUCAAGGCGUGCUCGUGCAUGCUUCUCCCCACAAUGAAGCGGGACAAUGGACCUCACAUCGCCAGCCAGCAACCUUCGCACCUACCCACCAGCCGGCCCCCCAAGGCGUGUCCGAACAUAUCUUCCUCAAGAAUGAAGCCGCAGCCACGCAACCCGUGGAUCGACGGGCCCUGCGAAGAAUGUCCCAGCACGUUCGAGAGGGACAGGCUACACCCGCGGCCAGCCCGAAGCGCCCGGCCUCACCACCCUCUGUAUGGGCAUGUGUCCGGAAACGAAGGCAAUGCGGUAGCGAAGACCCCACGGACAUGGUACCCGAAGCUGAAAUCUCUCCGAACCAGCAUGUCGAUGCCGUCCCUACGAAUGCGGCUGAUGGACGAGGUGUCGAUGACGGCGCCCUUGCUGCACGACGAGCCUUGGGAACGCCAAAUCCUUCCUUCCAGCAUGUUUAUUGCCAUGGCAGGACUAUGAUGGCGGAUCUGGGCAGCGCACAGGCUUCUACUCUGACAAUACCAGUGUCAAGACGCUUCUCAAAUUCCAUCAAAGAUCUUCUGAACACGACGGUGAUCACUACAACACCAAGAACAAUCGAGAUGCCGGCACCAACACUCGUCUCAGCCAACCGAAUCGCCAACAAAGAUGAUCUUCUGGAAACGGUAGUGAUCUCUACAACACUAAGAACAAAUGAGAACGGCCAAGCACCGAAACCUGUCCCAGGCAAACUAAUUGCCCGUAAGGAUGAUCUUUCGGACACGGCAGUGGUCGCCAGAGAACCAAGAACAAGCGAGAGCUCUGCACCCGCCGAUUGCACAACAAAACCAGACACAAAUGAAACAGAGUCCCAAGUUCCCAAAAAUGUCGAAAAUAUCGACACAGGCCGCGAAAAUGUCGACUCCAGCACUCAGUUACUGUUCUCGCAGCCGCCACUCGAGGAGGGUUUCACAUCCAACGACUCGCCGCCUGCCCCAAAGCCGGUUGUAGAAGAGCAAGAUCUAGUUGCGACGCACACCCCAACCCCCUUAUCUCAAGAGCUGAUUGUGGUUUCUGGUGGCCUCUCUGUUUCGAACCCAGAGGCACCGUCUCCGCCACUCGCCCAAGAGGAGAACCUAGAAGAACAACAUCUCUAUGUGGUGAACCUUUCAGCCCCUCUGUCUCAAGAGUCGAGAGUGGUUUCCGAUCGUCCUUUUAUCACGAGCUUAGAGGCGCCAUCUCCGCCACCCACCCAAGAGUCGAAUCUAGAAGGGCAAAAUCUACUUACGGUGAAUAGCCCAUCUCCCAUAUCUCAAGAGCUACCUCCUGUUAUGAAUCUAGAGGCACCAACUCCGCCACCACAAGGAGUGACUGAACCAGAAGUCGCCACUGAAGCCAUCGCCAUAGUCCCUGCGUCGGAAGGUCAAGCACAAGGAACGCCAGAAGUCCAAGCAAAUACGGCCGGUACAUUUUCAAGCUUGGGCACAACGGAUCCGGCUGAUGCGUCCACUCGAAUCAAAACAAUCAAGGAUCUUUCGGUGAGAGCGUCAAUCCCCCAAACUCCUGUAAUCCCCAGCACCCCUGCUCCUCGGGGCCGUCUGCACUCUCGAGAGUCUCUUCAUCAGCGAGAUGUCUGGUCAAAACCGACGCCAACAUCGCUCCAACAGUACAGAACCCGACUUUUGAACCGGGCUCCCCGAACUGCGAAUUGGGGCGCACCUGGGUCUCGGAAGAAAAAGUUCGUCGGCGUGUAA